UUUUCAUCGUCACACGUUGCGAACGUGUACAUGCUUGCUGCGGGGGUACCAGUGCUGGCGCUCGUGGCGGCGGUCCACGGCCUCGACAUUGGCGACAACACGCAGCCGACCAAGUCGGGCAUCCCGACGUGGGUCGACGUUGACACGCCCAAGGAGGUCUACACCAAGGCGACCUCGCGCGGCGGAUCGUGGGACCUCGUCAUGAGCGACGAGUUCAACGCGGCGACGCGCAACUUUACGGCGGGCGAAGACCAUCUCUGGACUGCACUCGACAUUCCAGACGGCGUCAAUCGUGCGAUCGGUGUCUACAAGCCGUCGCACGCGUACACGGAGGAUGGCAACUUUGUCAUUCGCAUCGACUCGGGCGACGUCGACAUUUCGUUCUACAACGUGUGGGCCAACGUCCCAGCAUGGACGAAGAAGAAGAUGUACUAUACAGCCGCGAUGGUGCAGACGUGGAACAAAUUUUGCAUCCAAGGCGGCUUUGUCGAAAUCGCCAUGAAGCUGCCCGGUCGCCACCAGCAGACCAAGGGUCCACCAUAA